AUGGUUGGUUGUGGUUUUGAUUAUUUUGGUGAUGAUGAGCAAGAUUUUCAAGGACCCCCAACUCCCACCGUCACACAGAGUGAUGACAGUGUUGUUGUUGAGGGUGAAGAGGAGGAGGAGGAGGAAGAGGAAGAAGAAGAAGAAGAAGAGGACCUUUCUCAUGAUCUUCAAACACCUUCGGUUCUGAGUUCGAACUUCAAACCUCGCCUUCGAUGGACUCCUCACCUUCAUGCCUGCUUUGUUGAUGCUAUCAAUCAGCUUGGUGGCCCCCAUAAGGCAACUCCGAAAAAGCUUCUGCAGAAAAUGGGUGUCAAGGGAAUAACUCUUUACCACUUGAAGAGCCACCUCCAGAAAUACAGACUUGGAAAGUACUCGGUGAAGGAGUGGAAGGAGGUUCCGGAAACUUUUUCACAGGACUUCGAAGGCAGAAGCGUUAGUGGCACUUCCGUGUGCUCGUCGCGAUCCCAGAAAAAGCAUUCUUCUAAACUAAUAAAGAAAGCUCUAACCCAGACGGAAGUUGAAGAAAAACUUGGUCUGCAAAUUGAGGCUGAGAAGCGAUUAAAAUUGCGUCAGGAUGCCGAACGAAGAUAUAUGGAUUAUGCACUAGAUAAUGCAUGUAAAAAGCUUGCUGAUCAGUUUCUUGGAAGUGUUGCAGUAGACUCUGCAGGCGUAUUUCGAAAGGAUGUAGCUGGUUUAGGAACUAUGGUGUCAAUAAUACCUCAGAAAGAUCAAUUCCUUGCAUAUGACAUAACUAAGGAAACCAGCAUGCUGCUUAGUCUUGAAGAGCAACUUGGUGGGUUUGAAGCUCAGAGGGAAGCUUAUCACGAAACUGAAGGCCACCUGAUCUCACAUGGAAAUUCAGAAAAUUCAUCUGUGGAAGAUUUCCAAAUUCUUGCUGAUGAUGACAAGAUAAUGGAGCAGAGUUUGGAUAAUGACCCUGCAGAAGCUUACUUGGUUUUGGAUACUGCUGAAAUGGGAACCUCCAGUCAUAGAACUUAA